AUGGUUCUCCGAAGAAUUAAGCCACCAUCGAAUUUCCGGUAUGGGCACAUAGAUCAACUUCCAUGGCUUGCUCCAACAUUCGCCAAACAUGGAAAUCACCUCCUAGUCGAUCUUCAUCCACAAGUGACAGCUCACAAAGAAUCGGAUUGCAUGAUUGGAGAGAUGGAUAAGCUUCUCGAUUCUAUCAAAUUUGGAAAAUGCGAUGGAAGGUCAAAACAGGAAGAGGACUAUGAAGAUGACUUCGAAGAUACUACUGAUAGCGAUGUCAGUAACAAAGAAGGGGAAGAAAUUAGCAGUUUUGGGCAAGAUUACAGCACUGAAACAUUUGAGGACGAUGUUGAAUAG